AUUUUUUUAGAUAAAAAAAACAAUCGAAGUAUCGAAGUGAUAAACAUCGAUUCGGUAAACAAACUGAAGAGCCGGCCAAAAAUGGCGGCAGCAGCAGCAGCAGCGGGAGAAAUGGAUUGUGAAAUGAAAAACAUAAAUGAGCUAAAUGUUAAUAUUGACACGUUCAGGAAAUUAGUCCGUUCGUACUUAGAUUUGCACCAGUACAAUGCUGCUUUAUUUUGGGCUGAUAAAGUUGUCUCACUCUCAAAUGAUGAUCCUAAAGAUGUCUAUUGGCUUGCUCAAUGCAUGUUUCACUUGAGACAAUACCACCGUGCAGUUCACUUGAUCCGCAGUAGGGACCUAGACAAGGCACAUCCUCUUUGCCAUUACCUGACUGUAAGAAGUCUUUUAGCUGCUGGUUGUUUUUCGGAAGCUUUGCAGCUUCUUACCAUAGUUGAAAAUGAUACUAGUUUGUCACAAACUGCACGCAAUUUCACUAUCGAUUCUCCAAGUGAAGGACCUGUUGAUCCAGAUUGUCCUAGGAAUCUUGAGAGCAGUAUCCUCUUCCUUAAAGGACAAGUAUUAGAAGCCAUGGACAAUAGAGAGUUAGCUGCGGAGAGUUACAGGCAAGCACUCGGGUGUGAUGUGUAUUGCUAUGAGGCAUUUGAUGCUCUUGUUCAACAUCACAUGUUAUCGUCUUGGGAAGCAGAAAUGGUAUUACUAGACUCAAUACCAUACUCUAAACAGUGCAGCACACCAGCUGAAGCCUCAUUUGUGCGUCAGCUUUAUGAAAUAAAGCUUAACAAGUAUCAAGGACCGUAUCCAGAGGGUUCACAUCCUUCCAAAACUGUUGCUGUUCCUCCAAGUCCAAGUCCUGGCCUUGCCUUGAAAGGAAAGCUCUCCCUUGAUAUCUCUGAUGACCAUACAGGAUCCCAAAAGCCUACUUCUACACCUUUGUAUGCAGAGUUGCAGACUAACUCUGUUGUGAAAAUAAUGGCAAAUAAUUUGGAUGUGUUGGUGUCAAAGGCAGAGAGACUGUUUUAUAAUUGCAAAUUCCAAAGUUGCCUUAAAUUGACUGAAGAAGUGCUAAAGAAAGACCCUUACCAUAGUAAUUGUUUAUCUGUACAUAUUGGAUGUUUGGUAGAAUUGAAGAAAAGUAACCAAUUGUUCUAUUUGGCCCAUAGACUAGUUGAUCUGCAUCCAGAAAUGGCCAUAUCAUGGUUUGCAGUUGGUUGCUACUACUAUUUAAUUGGCAAAAGCGAUCCUGCUAGACGUUAUCUAACAAAGGCAACAGUGCUUGAUCGGUUAUUUGGCCCAGCUUGGCUUGCAUUCGGACAUUCAUUUGCUGCUGAGAAUGAACAUGACCAGGCUAUGUCUGCUUAUUUUAAAGCUUCCCAAUUAAUGAAAGGCUGCCAUUUACCACUUUUGUAUAUUGGCCUUGAAUGUGGUCUGACGAACAGUGUCAAGUUAGCUGAUAAAUUUUUCCUACAAGCUCAAAAUAUAGCUCCUCAAGAUCCAUUUGUGAUGCAUGAAUUAGGAGUGAUAGCAUUUCAAAAUCAAGAGUAUGAAAGAGCUGAAAAACAUUUUGAAGAUGCCUUGAAGCUAGUGAGAUCAAUUGAUGAUUCCGUUGCUGAAAAGUGGGAACCUCUACUUAAUAAUCUUGGCCAUGUUUCAAGGAAACGAGGUAAAUUUUCAGAAGCUUUAGACUACCACCAACAGGCCCUGGUUUUGCAACCAUUAAAUUCUUCUACAUUUUCUGCUAUGGGUUACGCUCAUGCCAUGAUGGGCAACACCUUAGAGGCUGUAGAUUGCUUCCACAAAGCCUUGGGUCUGCGGCGGGAUGACACUUUCAGUACUACAAUGCUAAAUUAUGUCAUAGAGCAACUUGUUGAUGAUCCCUUACCUUUCGAAGGUGCUCCUGAGAAAAUGCCAGUAUUUAAAAGUAAGAAAUCCACGACACCAAGAAUUAUUUCCUAUGACGAUCAGAACCCUGAUGAGAGUAGCAUGAAUGUAGAUGAGGAUGUUGAUGGUGUUACUCCAGCCAUCAUGAGUGAUACCCCAAAUGCCUCCGAUCUAGCAAAUGUAACUGCAGGUUCCUCAAACCUAAGUUUUGAGGUGGAGAUGCAAGAUACAUCUUCUCAAACUUUGGACAACACUUCUUAAUUCUAGUUUGAUUGAAGAAUUAGGAUUUUCACGAUUAUGAGUCUUUGCCUGUCAGCUUGGAAGUUUAAACUGUGAAGGGCUUGUGUCCAUACAUCUCUUUUUGGACUGGCCUCUAUUACUCUGAAAUAGCAGUUCUGAAAACUAUGAAGGGAGGCUCCAAGCUUUAGCUCUCAAGGAUUUUUGUGAUACCAUAGCAGAUACAGUCUUCAUUCAUCACCUACAAUCUCCCAGAGAGAAGGAGAUUUUUCCAUUUAUUCUUGGAAUGCCUGUUAGUUAAUGGUCUGUCUGUGUAUGUCAAUGAAUGUCAAUUUUUUUUAUUAUUAUUAUUUUAAUUUAAAUUAAAUGUACUAUUGAAAAGUUAAAAAA